AUGCAGAAAAGAAAAGAAAGUGUUUUUGAUAGUGAAUCUGUAAAACUCUGGAUGGAGCAUUACGAAAAAUGUAGAUUUUUUGAGUUGCCGUGGAUACAAAGGUCCAGGAGGAAGAAUCGGUACGUGGACAUGAUGACACCAACUUCAAUCCUUGAGUACACCAAAGUCAUCAUCGCUUCUUUGGACUAUACCAAUGAAGGAUUGACACGUGUGAUUCUUCGAAAAGCUCUCACGUCUACAUCGGAAGCAUCCCGAAAAUGGACGACUCGAUAUAUGGCAGUCCUCGCUUCUUCUGAUCUUCCGAUGUUUUCCGAUUGGGGAAUCCAGUUGAUGUUAAGACAGUUAGCAGACGAAUCAUCCAAGGUGGUCAGACACACUCUGCGAAUUCUGAAUAGAUGGCUUCCCGAGCACCCGUCGAGAAAUUUGAGAAAAGUCGAAUGGUCGUUAUUUGGAGAAGCAGGAGAUCUUUUGAAGGCUCACAUCUUUGCGAUGGAAUCAGAAUGUGCAAAUGAUGAAAAUGAAGUUAGAGAUGUGACCAGAUUCUGGAUGAAGGAGUUUAACAAGACAUAUCUGAAUAUUAUUGAUGAGGCGAUGAAAGAAAUGAUGUUCCAUGUGAAGAGAAGUAUUGACGGAAGCUUCUCAAGAUCCAGUUCUGAUCGUCCAGACACUUCUCUUGGUGUUCAUGCUCCAUUGCAUCUUUUCGCAGCUCUCGGAGGUCACGAAACGGGAAGAAGAAUACUGAUAGAUGAAAAUGUGUGUGAAGAUUUAUUGGCAAUUAUCAAAAAUGGAAAAUGUUUCGAGGAAAUAAAAUCAAGUCUUCUGGCAAUUGCUAGUCUUGGGAGUACCGAUGGAGGAUUUGAGAUUCUUCCUCUUGACGCAGUGCCAACUGUUCUGAAAAUCGCUGAAGAGCAUGUUGUUCUAACAGUUCGUGGUAUCGCAUUCUGGGCGCUUGCUACAUUUUCCCAAUGUGUAGAAGGAGCGAAAAGGUUGGCAGCAUUCGGAUGGGAAUCGAAUCGAUUCAGAUAUGCAAUGGAUAUUGCAAAGGGAAAAGUAUCAGAGGAUGAACUGAUGUUAAACAGUCAAACAGGUGGAACCGUUGCUGGAAGUGUUAGUUCAUCAUGGAGACCUUCGAGAAAAAUUACUAUUCAGCAUAAUCGGAACUCUUCAAUGUUAGAUAGUCAAAUCAAUGUAAAGCAAAAUCGUGCGAAAUCUGAAAGUGCCGUAUCGAGAAGAGGGCAUAGCAAGGGACGACCGAGAAGCCAAUCGGAAGGAGAUAUUGAGGAAAAAACACCAAAAAGGGAGUCCAGAUUGGAUUCUUUUCUCAGUCAUCGGUUGUGGAAUAGUGAGAAGUAUCUGUAUAAAAGUAGUGGAAAUUCAGAUAGCUCCAGCAUUCCGUAUCACAAACGAACUGGCACCAACUCUAGUUCCGGUUACCAUAUCCAGGAAGACGCUGCCCUUGUCGUCUUCUCAUCUUCUAAUCAGAAUCCAGCUGAUGACCCAAUUGCCAAGUCAGCAGCCACAUCAAGAAUGUCAACGGACCGUCGAAGAGCCAACACUACGAAUUCGUUGUUCGAAGAGGAGGAGGCUCCGAAAACAAGAUCAUCGACGGUCGCCAGAUGCAUUCGAGAUGGAUUGAAGAUUACAAGUGAUGAGUUGGAAGCAGAAGGAGUGCUAGCUGAUACUAUAAUGGAACCUCACUUUUCGUGUCGAUUGAGAGAAAAAUAUCAUUUGACUCCAUUUAGAGUUCGUGCGUGUUUGCAUAUCAAUCGACAUGUUGGAGAUUCGGUUAGAUACGUUUUUAUGACAAGAGAAGAGAAACUCACAAAGACAAAAAAGUAUUGCAAAUUUCAGGAACGACACUUUGCCGACUACCGCCGUCAAGUACUACAUGAUCCAUGGCUCUAUAAUGAGCUUCGAAAAGAAGACAACGCGGUGAAGAAAACUAUCAAUGUAGUUCCUCUUCAAACCGUUGCACUACCAACAGAAAUUGAGAUAAUGUGUGGGAAUAUCUUCCCAGCAAAGCCUAAAUCAGAUCCAAUAUUUUCAUUCCACGAGAAUGAUGAUUCGGCAGAAGUAGAAGAUCGCGGCGCCAGAACUGGCCAUGGUAGAAGCGGAAUUCACAUCCAACCACACUCAGCGUAUCGUUGUUUCCAUUGCAGUAGUAAUGAGGAUACAGUGAGAACCUAUCCACACCCAGAUGCUCCGAUGCUCCGGAAAGAAGUUCUGAGCCAAGUUGAUAUGUUGGAAAUCAAGGAAUAUCCAGCGAAAAGAUUAAUUGGACUCCGUCUCUACCACCCUUGGCUAUUUGAAUGGCCUUGUAUGUAUGCUGAUGUUUUGGAACUUCUUGAUGAAUAUCGUUUCAAACCCCAUUCGAGAGCUUUUCUACAACAAAUAUUCUAUGAUGCUCUUUUAAUCUAA